AUGGCUUCUGACCACAUGGGAUCUGAUGACAUCGACCUGGACAGAAGCUUGGGCUGGUUGGCUAUAUAUUGCUCCGCCCUGGUUGUCGAGUACAACAAUCUCCAGCAGGCAGUCCGUCAGUUGAGACACCGAUACACAGCAGUCGUCAUGAGUUGGGGAUACACCACAGAGAACGGACCAAAGACAUGGUUCAACAACUUCCCCAUCGCCGCUGGCCAGCAACAGUCUCCGGUGGACAUCAUCUCGGCCAAUGUCCAGUUCGAUGAGAAGCUGGCCGCCAACCCGCUUUCUGUCAAGUAUUACGUGGAACAGAACAUGGACUUCGAGAACACUGGGUUCUCCGUCAAGGCCAACAUCCGGGAACCGUCCACUAUCUCUGGGGGUCCCCUGGACAACACAUAUCAACUUGAACAGUUCCAUCUUCACUGGGGGUCAUGUGACGAGAGGGGGUCGGAGCACACCGUCGAGGGCAAGAUGUUCCCAGCCGAGCUUCAUCUAGUCCAUUGGAACCGUGAUAAAUAUUCCAGCUUUGGAGAGGCGGCAGACAAGCCUGAUGGUUUGGCAGUGUUUGGCAUCUUUUUGGAGGUUGGUGCUGAACAUGCGGGUUUCAAACCUUUAACCGACGGCUUAGAAGCUGUCAAGUUCCGCUCCAAACAUGAGCAGGUCAAAGGCCAGUUCAACCCCAAAUGCUUCCUUCCAGAAUCAUUGUCCGAGUACUGGACUUAUUCCGGGUCACUGACCACGCCCCCAUGCUACGAGAGUGUCACGUGGAUUGUAUUUAAGGAGCACAUGGUAGUAUCUGAGAGCCAGUUGAAGGCCCUCCGUAGCAUGUGUUGCGGGGACUGCGAGGGCGACUGCAUCGUUGACAACUACAGGCCCCCAUGUGAUCUAGGCAGCAGGAAGGUCCGAGCAGCAUUUAAGCAGUGACUGUGAUACAUUGUGGCUGUAACCAAACCUGACUGACACAAGGACUGGAGAUCAUGAUGACUGUCCCCGUUUGGUGGAAGGAAUUGCAGAACACUGCCGGAAAUAUUUGUGACUAGACUGGCAUUGUUCCAGAUUACAUCAGAACUAUCGCAGGACACUGGAUCUAGAUCAUAUUAGAGUUGAAGAAGAAGAAGUUGAUCUGACUGGGGCAUGUGAAGUUGUACAAAUGUUGCUGCACUUUAUUUGAGUCAUUAGUAGUAGAAAUUAGAGUGUGAAAUCGUCAAUGCAUAUCACAAUUCAGGCUCCACUAUGCCUUGUACCUCGGUUGCGCUGAUUAAUUAAAUCUGUGAUUCGCUUACUGCCGACUUUGUUGACAGCAUCACACUGGUCGCUGAACACAGGGUCACAUCGUCAGUGUGUAGGGGAGGUUCAGGUUUGCCUGGAUCGUGGUAUUUCACCAUGCAAUAUC